CAUUGUCUACCUUCAUAAUGUAUUUCCAGCGUCAUGAAGCUGCUGUUGAUCCUACUGAUUGGCGUGCUGGCUCUUCCAACUGUUAGUGGGUGGUGGAGACGUCGUCCUCGUCAUGACCACCAUCACCAUCACACUCACGUCUGUCAUUGUAACGGCAAGCGUCUCCUCUCCAACUUUGCAAGCGAAAGACUGAGUGUAAAAGAACGGAAACUGGCGAAACGUCAGUCGAACCACAACUGCUGCAGUAAGAGUGGCAGAAACGUUGAUGCUGAUGCUGAUGGCUUGGUGAGCAAACGUGAAGCAGCCGGGGUCUUGAACGUUGAGGAGACUGACCCCGACCUUGACCUUCUGAUGCAGAACGCACGCUCCAAACGCGACGGAAUGAUGAAUUUGGACAAAUUCAUUGACAUCCUGAUGGCGUACGACUACUGAAUAUUCUGAUCCGUGAAUACUUAUGUACAACUCCACAACACAGACUGACAAAUAAAAUCUGCAAUCGUG